CCAAUCAGAGGACGAGGCUGUGACCCCCGACUCCGGAAGUGGCCGGGUGAAAGAGCAGAGGGUUGACGUGCUUGGUGGGCGCAAGAUGGCGGAUAAAGAAAAGAAGAAGAAAGAGAGCAUUUUGGAUCUCUCGAAAUACAUUGACAAAACAAUUCGAGUAAAAUUCCAAGGUGGUAGGGAAGCUAGCGGAGUCUUGAAAGGAUUUGACCCUCUUCUAAACCUUGUGCUUGAUGGCACUAUUGAAUAUAUGAGAGAUCCAGAUGAUCAAUACAAACUAACAGAGGAUACCCGUCAGCUGGGACUGGUGGUUUGCAGAGGAACAUCUGUGGUUCUUAUUUGUCCGCAGGAUGGAAUGGAAGCUAUUCCAAACCCUUUCAUUCAGCAGCAGGAAGGCUAAUGUUUUCUUGGGACUCAUUGAAGCCUCAAGGCUGGAAAUCAUUGGAGAUAAUGGACAGUGUAUGAGAAACCUUCCCAUUUUGGGGAAUAGAUUGUUUGUUUGGUUUUUUUAAAUGUUCAUUUUAUAAAGGGUGGAAGGACGUUGACCUUUUUGCUUUGCCAUUUGCCACGAUGAUAGCAGGAACACUGAAUGACAACUGCAAAAUAAGAUCUAAUUUUGUUCAAUAAAGAAAAACUUCAUUACUGCUCUAGUCAGUGUUCAGACUGAAGUCUUAAAUGGUACAGGGAUCCCUUUCUCUAUUCUGGGGUUUAAAAUGAUUGCUUGGAACUAAUAGUAGUGGUAGCCAGCAAGCAUGCGUGAGUACUGGGUCUAAAAGACUGACUAAAUACCCCCCAAACCAAGUUUUCAUAGUAGGGAAACAAAGUGGGUGAGGUCAUAUCUUUUAUUGGACCAAUAUCUGUUAGUGAGAGACAAGCUUACACAGCUCUUCUUCAGGUCUGUUUUUUCCAUUCUGUUUUUGUUCCUCUAGGCAGCAGAAUUCAUAGGCAGGGAUCAUUUCAUAGAGCAUCUUAAGCUCUGUACUAGUGAUUUCUUACCUGCCCGCCCACUCUGAUACUUACAGGGAAACAAAUUUGAGUGUUUACUGACUUGUUACCAUUCUUUAUAAACACCAGAGCUAAGAAGGGAAUCGAUCAGUUUCUGGUUCUUGUUCCAAACCUUGCCUUUGGUGGAAUUUCUAAAGUCAGUCUUCCCUAGAAACAUCUGUGGUGAGUGCCCCAGAAAAUUUCAGGCUUGUCUGGGUGACCUAAAACCUACUGAAGUUACCUGUUUUCUUCUAUAUGGCAGAUUGAACCGCGGAGAAGGAACUUUGGUUUUAUCCUGUAGGCUUUAUUUUAAAAUUUAAUCUUCUACUGCAGGCAGUCUAGUAGUAACUAGGUUACUUUGUACCUUGCACACAUACUCCCACUUGUGAUUUCUUCUUGUUGAUUCUUUACUAUGCAUUUCUAAACUUUAUACAUGAUACGUGGGAAAACUUCAGAACAACUGAAUAAAUAAAACCUCUUAUGAGGCUAA